GCUGGCCGCGUCCCCUCCCCGCGGGUCCCCCCUUCCCUGCGCCCGCGACCAUGGCGCGCGGCGGCCGCUGCCCGGCGCUGGCCUUGGGGCUCCUGCUGGCGCUGGCGCUGGCCCCGGGCGCGUCGUGGGCCAAACCCACCGUGCGCAAAGAGCGCGUGGUGCGGCCCGACUCGGAGCUGGGCGAGAGGCCCCCCGAGGACAACCAGAGCUUCCAGUACGACCACGAGGCCUUCCUGGGCAAGGAGGACUCCAAGACCUUCGACCAGCUCACUUCGGAGGAGAGCAAGGAGAGGCUGGGGAAGAUUGUUGACCGAAUUGACAAUGAUGGGGAUGGCUUUGUCACCACUGAGGAGCUAAAAACUUGGAUCAAAAGGGUGCAGAAAAGAUACAUCUAUGAUAAUGUUGCUAAAGUCUGGAAGGAUUAUGAUCGGGACAAAGAUGAUAAAAUUUCCUGGGAAGAAUACAAACAAGCUACGUACGGGUAUUACCUAGGAAACCCUGAAGAGUUUCAAGAUAGUUCUGAUCAUAACACCUUUAAAAAGAUGCUACCACGUGAUGAAAGAAGGUUCAAGGCUGCGGACCUUAAUGGGGACCAGACUGCCACUCGGGAGGAAUUCACUGCCUUUUUGCACCCUGAAGAGUUUGAGCAUAUGAAGGAAAUUGUGGUGUUGGAAACCCUGGAGGACAUUGACAAGAACGGGGACGGGUUUGUGGAUCAGGAUGAGUAUGUGGCUGAUAUGUUUUCCCAUGAGGAGAAUGGCCCAGAGCCAGACUGGGUUUUGUCAGAACGGGAACAGUUUAAUGAAUUUCGAGAUCUGAACAAGGAUGGGAAGUUGGACAAGGAGGAGAUUCGCCACUGGAUCCUCCCUCAGGACUAUGACCAUGCGCAGGCUGAGGCCAGGCACCUGGUGUAUGAGUCUGACAAGGACAAGGAUGAAAAACUAACCAAAGAGGAAAUACUGGAUAACUGGAACAUGUUUGUGGGAAGCCAAGCUACCAAUUAUGGAGAAGAUCUCACAAAAAAUCAUGAUGAACUUUGAGAUACACCUCCACAAUAUAGUUAACUAUCUUGAAAGUUUCCUUCUUUGUCAAAUGGUUGCAAUAUUUGUCCUUUACAGCAUUGGGUCUCCCCCAAAGAAAGAUUAUAACCUCAGAUUGAGGUUAAAAUGGUUUUUCACCCAAUAUUUACUGGAAAAAAUAGUCAUCGCUAUUCUUCAGUGAAUUCUCUUGGAUCUUCUGAAAAUCAUGGCAAAAUGGGGAUGCAUUCUAAAGACAUGACCAUUUAGCUCUUUCCACUAAUUUUAAAUUAAAGGAGAAAAUUUUGGAAAGCCCUGUUACUUUUGGUGGUCAUAUAUUGGAAUGAAUGCUAUGUAUUUUAACUGCAUUUUUUUUUAUCCUCUGCCACUGUUAACUAGUUGAUGAAAGAACUUUCUAAUUAGGUGACAAUAGUAUCAGAAAACAGGAAUAUUUCAGAACAAGUUAAUACUUCAAAUUCCUCCCUUUUUGACUUUGUGCUCUGAACUGUUACUACACAUGAUACCUAAAACUGCUGUGCACUUGCACAUUUUCUGCUAAAAACAAAAAAUCCACUUUACGUAAGCAAUCAAGAAAGAUAAUGUGAAAAUGAAAGGAAUUUAGAGUAGGGAAAAUGACUAUCAAGCAUGAUGAACUAUUUGAAGAUAGUAAACACUUGAUUAUACUUGAGAAACUUUUCUUGACAGAUAAAAGUGGUAUAUGUGAGCUCUGAAAAAGUGAACAAAAAUGCAAACAUUUUUUGUGUGAUCAUUGAUAAAAUGUGGGAGCGGGAUCCUAGGGAAACUGACCUAAUAAAGCUGGAGCCCUUCACACCCAGUUCUAAGAAGUCCAUGAUCCUCAGAUCUGCUCCGAGGACCAUGUACCCUGAGGAAUUAGGACCAAGUGAUAUUCCAAGUCACUAGCUGAACGGAUUGAAACAAGUUCAAAUGUGUUGAAAAUCUACCUUCCAAGAAAGUGAAAUAAA